AUGGUGUGGCUUCUGUGGAAUAGGCGUAAUGCAGUCCAGUUUGGUCACCUACCUCUUCCAGUGGCUAGUAUUUGCAGUUCUGCAGGUAGUUAUUUGCAGGAGUUUCUUCAAGCCCAGAACGACGUGCCUGAAUCACCCCAUCCUCCUCCCAUGCAGCAGUGGCGACCUCCGGAUCCUCAGUGUUUCAAAGUAAAUUUCGAUGCUGCUUUGUUUCGUCGCUCAAACUUGACAGGCAUUGGGAUCAUUGCUCGUAAUCAUGAUGGUGAAGCUGUGGGUGCUCUGUCCUCGCCCAUCCUAAUGGCCCAGUCCGUGGCAGAUAUAGAAGCCUUAGCAUGCUUGAAGGCUGUUCAGUUUGCAUUGGAAAUUGGCCUCACUCGAGUUGUGUUUGAAGGAGAUUCUGCAGUCAUCAUCAAUGCUCUUCUUCACGGUGCGGGUGAACUAGCCAGUUUUGGAAACAUCUUGGAUGAUAUUCAUUUACAUUCCUCUGUUUUUCAGUUUGUGGAAUUUGUUCAUGUUAGUCGUAAUUGUAAUUCAGUGGUUGAUGCUCUCGCUAAGAAAGCUAAGUCAAACGUUGGGGAUCAGAUUUGGCUGCAUGAUUUGCCAUCUGAUAUUGCCCCUUUAGUUUUGCAAGAUGUUCACUAG